GGCUAAUCGCUCACAACAUUCAGUUGUAACAGUGCGCGCGCGCAAACAACAUGAUCGUUCUAAUAGUUAUUUUAUUUCUCGUCGCGUUUUACUUCUACUCUAUAAGAAACCACGACUACUGGGAGAAAAGAAACGUGAAAUAUGAUCCUCCAGUACCCUUGUUUGGGAACCACAUCCCGAACCAGUUUGGAAAGAAAAGCAUCACAGCAAUAAGUGUUGACCUGUACAAGCGAUACCCAGGAGAAAAAGUGGUCGGCUACUUCAGAGGCACCGUCCCAGAACUCCUGAUCAGAGAUUUGGAUUUGAUAAAACAAAUUAUGACAGUUGACUUCCCGUACUUCUACAAACGUGGUGGAGGCCGUGACCCGGACCUCGAGCCGAUAUUCGCAAACCUGUUCCACGCGGAAGGAGACAGCUGGAAGCUGCUGCGCCAGCGGCUCACCCCCGCGUUCACGACGGCCAAACUGCGCGCCAUGUUCCCGCUGGUGGUGCGCUGUGCUGAGAGAUUGCAGGAUGUAGUGACGGAGCUAGCGAGCCGCGGAGCCACGUACGACGCGCGCGAGCUGAUGGCGAGGUUCACCACCGAGUUCAUCGGCGCCUGCGGCUUCGGCAUCGAGAUGGACACCAUCAACAACGACCGCUCCAGCUUCAGAGACCUCGGCAAAACGAUUUUCAAUCGAAGCCUGAGAAAUCGUUUAUUGUUACCGAUAUGGGAAUUGUUCCCUGAAAUAAGGAAAUAUUUAAAAGUAGAAGGUGAUGCUAUUGAAAACGAGCUAACAGUUAUCGUAGAGCAAAUACGGAAGUCAAGAAACUAUCAACCGAUAGGACGCCACGACUUUAUAGAUCUGCUGCUGGAAUUAGAAAAGAAAGGGAAAAUCGUCGGGGAAUCUAUUGAAAAAGUGCACAAAGACGGCACAGCAGAAACAGUAGAAAUGGAAAUGGAUCUCAAAUGCCAAAUGGCACAGGUGUUCAUUUUCUUCGCUGCUGGGUUUGAAACGUCCUCCUCUGCCACGAGCUUCACUCUCCACAUACUCGCCUACAAUCAGAAGACCCAACGCAGAAUCCAAGAAGAAAUCGACACUGUUAUGAAAAAAUACGACAAUAAACUUAGCUACGACGCUAUAGCUGAAAUGAAUCUGCUAGACAUGGCAUUUAAAGAGGCCAUGAGAAUGUUCCCGUCUCUCGGUGUAUUAAAUAGAAUUUGCACGAGAAAAUACGAUAUUCCAGAACUCGGUUUCUCAAUCGACCCUGGUGUGAAGAUUUUGAUCCCAGUACAGGCCAUCCAUAUGGACGAGAAGUAUUAUGACAACCCUACAGAGUUCAGGCCGGAAAGGUUCACACCAGAAGCGAUAAAGGAAAGGCCCAGCUUCGCAUAUUUACCCUUCGGAGAAGGGCCACGAGUUUGCAUAGGUGCACGUCUCGGCCAGAUGCAAUCCCUGGCGGGCCUGGCGGCCCUGCUGCACAAGUUCAGCAUAGAGCCUGCAGACAACUCGCAUUUGGAACUCAACCUGAACCCCUGGUCCAACGUGGUGCAGAGCGUGGCCGGAGGACUACCGCUCAACUUCAAACCUAGGACACCUACUGCAUAGAUUAUCAUUAAAGGAUUUUUGACUCACCCGUGCUUUGGAGAACUAUAAAAGAGAAAACUAUAUCGAAAAAAUCUGUCUCGGACGGGAUUUGAACUCGUAGCUCUUGCCAAGCCGGCACGAGCGUGUUAACCAUUACACCACCGGGUCCUCCUGCUGUCCAUGUGAAACGGCGACGGCGGCGUCAGCUUAAUGACUAUACAAUAUACAGUUUUUUUUUUUUUGACGUGACUUAUUGUAGAUUUGCCGCAGAAGGCAUUAACUGCUUGGCCGGACAAAUGGGGAGCGCUGAGGCUCUCACCCGAUACAACGUUUAAGACAACAGGCUGAGGGUUCCCAGUUGGGCGCGAACCCAACUGGGCACAAUAUAUAGUCAUGAGCAAUAUAAUGUACCCACUUUAGGACUCUGUCGCACUAACAUAUUUGACAUUUAGUGAGACUUACAGUUCAAUUUGUCAAAAAAGUUAAUGUGACAUGGUACCAAAGUGUAUACAUAUUAAUUGGUCACAAUCGUCUGCUUCAUGUUCCUCGAUGCCGCACCAACUACCGACGUAACAGCUUUUUGCCUCGUGCGCUCAUAUUCAACACUUUAAAUAGUUCUCAAUGCGAUUUGUUUUACAGCAGCGCUGGUUCUCUUAAGACCUCGCUUGUAAAUAACUAUAUUAAAUAAUAGCAAUAAGUAUUAUUAUUAGUUGUAGUAGUAGUAUUUUAUUUUUGUUUAAUGUUUCUACUUAAUGGCUUUCAUGUUUUUUUUUAAUUUUUUUAAAUUUAUUUUUAUUUAGUUUUUUAUUUUCAAUCAUUUGUGGUAGCUUGUAAUUGGCCUAUAGUUAUUAUAAAGUCACAAGUAUAUUGUAAAUAAUGCUGUGACCUUCCCUAAGACAAUAAAAUAAAUAGAUCGAAGAAUUUCACAUGGACAGAAGGACCCGGGGCCUGUUUAAUAAAACUUACAAUUGUAAAUUACAAUGACAAUUUGAUGUACAUUGCGGAGUGUGUGAUCACGAAUAUUUUGCAGUUUCAUAUUAGCUACGUAAUGAACAUCAAAUUGUCGUUGUAAUUUACAAUUGUAAGUUUUAUUAAACAGGCCCCCGGUGGUGUAAAGGUUAACACGCUCAUACUGUCUAGACAAGAGCUGCGGGUUCAACUCCCGUCCGAGUAAAAAAUAUUUUCUUAAAGUAUAUUUAUGUAUUUAAAGUUGUAUAACUUACAUAUUAAAUGUUAUUAUAUCUAUUUAAUUAGUUGUUCUUAUAAUGUAAGUUUAUUAUAAUAUUAAUGUUGCAAAUAAAACUGUUACUUUAUAAUAAUAAAGUUAAUCUUAUUUU